AUAUAACAGUUUUGUUAGAGGGCUAUCGAUAAAUUUAUUAAAUACCAAAUAAAUAUACCUUUUUUGGUUUCAGAUGGUAUUUUUAACUAUUCGGCAGCCCUGGUCCCUUCUCUCAUCCCUGGCAACCGCGCAAAUAUUUUGUUUACAUCCGAAACGAAGAACGACAUGAACUACUUUCCCAACUAUUACUCCAUCGAGGAUAUAUUCGUGACCCAGGAGAAGGUGGAGUGCCGCGUCAACACCAAGCUGCAGCGAAUGGGUUUCCUGGACUCCGGCGCCGACUCGAAUGAUUUGGAGCCGGGACGCACAAUCAACCUGCCGCUGUGGUACAUCAAGGAGCUGAAGGUGAACAAUGCCUACUUCACCAUAUCCGUGCCGGAGAUCUACCGAAACGUGCACAAGGCCGUCUGCGAGGCGGAAACCACGCACAUUGAGCUGGGCCGGCUGCAUCCGUACUUCUACGAGUUUGGCCGCUACCUAACGCCCUAUGACCGUAACCAUGUCAUCGGUCGCAUCAUUUUCGAGACAAUGCGCCAGCGCGUGCGCCACUUGUUGGACAUAUCCAAGAGCGAUGGACAGAGCGGCAAGUCGGAUCUGCGGUUGGACAACAUCGAGGCCAAGCUGCACGAGGCGGGAGUGCGUACAAACAGCCAGUAUAUCGACUGGCUACAAAUGACGGGCAAUAAGAUUCGCACCUCGGAGCUGGUAGAGGAGCACCAGAAGAAGCGGCGACGAGCGGACCGUAGUGAUGACGAGAGCGAGGGCUUGCCUAACAGCAAGCGUGCCACCCUGUGAUGACCUCCAAAUAGUAUCAUUCCCGGCCAUUGAAGCACUGUCUGUUUUUUAUUCGUUUUGUGUGGAACUCUGUAGCAACUUUAUUUCGACCAUUCUGGCGGCACUGGUGACCGUUCCACCACUCAAAAUACACUCAUCCUAAGCAUCGUCCACGGCUACAUACAUAUACAUAUAGUUCAAAAUACAUGCGCUCGCGGGCAUACAUCUAAAUACAAUAUUGUGUGUGGUGUAUACAUAUAUGUAUAUAGCUUGGUAUAUAAGUGGUUAAGUUGUAAAUACACAUAGCUAAGCAUCAUCGAGUCUCCAGGGAGCAUCCUUUCAACAAACAUUGUGGCGCCAUGUUAUUGUUAUUAUUACAUAUAAAUAGUUAACUACAUAUAUAAUUACACAAUCUUGUAAGCUCAAUUAAAAUUUGAUUUUGUGCUAGUUUCACAUGACAGUUCAUAAAAUAAACCACGGUUAGUUCGUCCUACAAACAUUCAUAUACCAUCGGAGGGGACCGUAAAAUCAUAUUUAUGGAUAGCUCUGGUUCUAUAUUGGAAGAGGUUCUCAGCGUUUGGAACUUUCUCAAAGAGUUGUAUAAUAGGAAGCCGCAAAGUCAUGCUCAAUAUAUUGUUUGCCUUUAGUUAAAAUUAAAAUAAUAUUCCAAUAUUUAUAACAACUCUCAAUGGUAUAAGCCAGAGCUCAAAAGGCUGGGGUCUCGAUUCCCUAGUCGGUUUGAGAUCAUCCCUCUUGCAUUCUCUAUUUUCCUGAAGUUUCAUUCUGGAAGAGAAGAGGGUCGAUCAAAACCUCAUUUUACGAGCUCUCCGAGAGAGAAAAGCUAGAUGGUUUCACACGGUCCCCGUUUACAUACAUCAUAUUAUCUAUAAUCUUUCUAAUCCCUAUACACAAUCUGUGUCUCCUUUGCUUAGUUUCACAAUCUCAACAAUUAGAGUUAAUAGGUACACUAGAUCGAGGCUGGUUAAUGUCCUGAUCCUCUACUGCCGCUGGCUAUUCACAAUUUAUAACAGAU